GCCGCCGCCCGGGAGCCCGGCGGGAGCGGAGCGGGGCCGCGGGACCGGGACCGGAGCGGGGCCGGAGCCGGAGCGGGACCGGAGCGGGACCGGAGCGGGGCCGGGACCGGAGGGGGACCGGAGCCGCUGCCCCCACCAUGUCCAAGCUGCUGCCGGCGCAGGAGGCGGCCCGGAUCUACCACACCAACUAUGUGCGGAACGCGCGGGCCAUGGGGGUGCUCUGGGCCCUCUUCACGCUCUGCUUCUCCAUCCUGAUGGUGGUGACCUUCAUCCAGCCCUACUGGAUCGGCGACAGCAUCGACACGCCGCAGGCCGGCUACUUCGGCCUCUUCUCCUACUGCAUCGGCAACGCGCUCACCGGGGAGCUCAUCUGCAAGGGCAGCCCGCUGGACUUCGGCACCAUCCCCUCCAGUGCCUUCAAAACUGCCAUGUUCUUCGUAGGCAUCUCCACCUUCCUCAUCAUCGGCACCAUCCUCUGCUUCAGCCUCUUCUUCUUCUGCAACGCAGCCACCGUGUACAAAGUGUGUGCCUGGAUGCAGCUGGCAGCGGCUACAGGGCUGAUGAUCGGCUGCCUGAUCUACCCCGAUGGUUGGGACUCCAGCGAGGUGAAGCGAAUGUGCGGGGACAAAACGGACAAAUACACCCUGGGCGCCUGCACCGUGCGCUGGGCCUACAUCCUCUGCAUCAUCGGCAUCCUCGAUGCCCUCAUCCUCUCCUUCCUGGCCUUCGUGCUGGGCAACCGGCAGGACAACCUCCUCCCCUCGGAUUUCAAAGUGGAGAGCAAAGAAGAGGGAAAUGACUGACAGAGCUGAUCACCACGGACAUCUUCUUCCAUCAGCCCUUUUCUUUGAAGUGACUCUUCUAGGAAGCUUAAACUUACCAAAUUCUGUGGAUUUUCUACAGCUAUUUUCUUCACCCAUGGAGCUGCUCUUGGCUCAAAGCUCUUGUGGAGCUUAUUUGGUGGGAAGAGCCCAAAAUGGACAUGAGAGUUUUUCUGAGUCCAUCAGCAAGAGGGACAAGAGGGCAAGGAUGGCAAUUUGCUGCUUUUUUGGGGGGUUUGUACACCUUCUUUCAAGGAAAUUAUUUAUGAAUUAAAAAAAACACCACCAAAACAUCA